AUGGAGUUACGACCAUUCUCGAGCUUUUUGGACAUCAAAAAGAAGAUCGAGGCUUAUAAAAGUGAUCUGAAGGACAAAAGAGCCACGGUUUUAAACAGCUUCAAUAUUGACUCCCUUGCCGAUAGUGUGGAAGAGUUCCUGAAAGGCCGCGACAUGGUCGUCAGUCUUCUUAAAAAAUGCCAAAGCAUGGGCAAAAACGUCACUCGUGGACUCCAACGAGAAGGUGGUGGACUCAUGAUUGAGAAGCCCUCCCUCAUGGCUGAUCACUUGGUCCUCAAAGACUACCAAAAGCGAGGACUGCAUUGGUACACGCAGAUCCACCAGUUGAAAAUUGGUGGAAUCUUGGCCGAUGAAAUGGGGCUCGGAAAGACUGUUCAGACAAUCAGCUUCUUUGCUUGGUUGAAGGAACAUUAUCCGAACUUCACGAAGCCGCAUUUGGUUGUGUGCCCGUCUUCGACGAUGGACAACUGGAAGAGGGAGUUUGAGUGCUGGUUACCAAGCUUUAAGAUCUUCAUGUACCACGGCGAGGACCGGCGCCACCACCUCAAGCGCAUCAUCAAGGCAAAAUCGGAGCCGCACAAGGCGGAGGACUGCCAUAAGGAUAUCGACGUUAUCAUCACGACCUACACCUCUAGCAACUCACACGAAGCCGAUCGCGUUGGAAUCAAAAAGCUGGGCGUCGGCUAUGCGAUCUUCGAUGAGGGUCACAUGUUGAAAAACAUGAACACGAAUCGUUAUCAGCAACUGAUGAGAAUAGGCGCGCGGAGAAGAGUUUUGCUCACAGGAACGCCGCUUCAGAAUAAUCUGCUGGAGCUGAUAAGUCUGAUCAAAUUCCUGAUGCCGGACUUGCUUCAGAAGUCGUCAAACACGCUGCAGCGGAUUUUCAAACUACGGAAUCAGGAAUCUGAAUUCGCUAAAAAGCAGGUCGCCGAGUGCCGAACUAUUCUCCAGCCCUUCAUCCUCAGAAGAGUAAAAUCGGAAGUGCUCAAGGAUCUUCCUCCAAAAACAUCGGAAGAACUGUACGUUGAUUUAACGUAUCAGCAAAAGAUGUUUUACAUGGAGAUCAAAGACCUUCUUCGUUGUAAAUUGUCGACUACGGAAAAGAAGGAGCAGGGAAUCAGAGACAUCAGGAACCAUUUUAUCCAGCUUCGAAAGGUGGCAAACCAUCCUCUUCUUCACCGAAAUCACUACACUCCCGAUAUCCUCCGCAAAAUGGCCCGCACCCUUUGCGAUAAGGAACUGAAGAAAGAAGGAAAUGUCGACUACGUCUACGAGGACCUCGAAGUGAUGUCCGACUUCCAAAUCCACGAGACGUGUGAAAAGUACGCGUCGCUGAAGAAGUACCGGCUCAAGAAGGACGAUAUCCUGAACUCCGGCAAGUUCAAAGUCCUAGAUGAAUUAUUGCCGAAGCUCUUUGAUCAAGGCCAUCGAGUGCUGCUCUUUUCUCAGUUUGUCAUCAUGAUGGACAUCAUGGAACGAUACUUGACCGCACGAAAGAUCAAGUACAUGCGCUUAGACGGAUCGACUCCCGUGGAAGAUCGUCUUGACAUGAUCGACACUUUCAAUGCCGACUCGGACAUCAAUCUCUUCAUGGUGUCAACUCGCGCUGGUGGCCUUGGCAUCAACUUGACAUCAGCGGAUACCGUCAUUAUUCACGACAUCGAUCCAAAUCCCUACAACGACAAACAGGCCGAGGAUCGCUGCCACCGUGUCGGACAGACGAAACCGGUCAAGAUCAUCCGACUCAUCGUCAAAGAUACGAUCGAGGUCCGUAUGCGCAAAUUGGCCGUCGACAAGCUUGCUCUGGAGUCGAAAAUGGACAUGAAUGACCGAAUGGUCUACGGCGAGGGUGAGAAAGGCCCGGUUGAAGCUGAGGACGAGGAUUCAAAUGAUGUGAGUCAGGCGGAAAUGCUCGAUCUUCUCUCUGAUAGCCCCAAGCCCGAGGCAGUGAAAGAAGAAGAAUGUUCUGAGAACGAAGCGAUGAAGGUAGACCAACUCACGCUGGAUACACAGUCUCAGAGCUCGUCUAUCAAAACCGAAGCAGAAGGUGAGAAGGAGCCGCUACGAGAGGUCCAACCAAAUGGUUCCUAA